AUGAUGGCGAUCAUCGGCAUGUUCUAUCAAGACGGCCUGACCGGCAGUGCCUGGGGCGACUGGGCCAGCUACACGGACUCGCCGCUGCGCGCCUUCGAGAGCGAGCUGGGCGUGCAGGCACCCUUGGGCUUCUGGGACCCCAUCGGCUUCACGAAGGACGGCGAUGCCGAGAAGUUCAGGAGGCGCCGCUCUACUGAGAUCAAGCAUGGCCGCAUCAGCAUGCUGGCCACGAUGGGCUACAUCACGCCCGAGGUCGCCGGCAAGUUCCCCGGGAUGCUCAGUCCGUCUAAGGGCAUCGCCUUCGAAGACGUCCCGAACGGCCUGGCCGCCUUGUCCAAGGUGCCUCAAGAGGGUUGGUUGCAAAUGAUUGCCUACUGCUGGUUCUGCGAGCGGUCUGCGAGCGUGAACGGCUCUGCGACAGAGAAGGGAAAGUACGUGGCGUUCGGCGAGAAGACGCCUGGCGACGUGGGCUGGAAGCCGCCUCUGCUCUCUGGCUUCCAGGGCGAGGCGAAGACGAAGAAGCUGAACGCGGAGAUCGCCAACGGAAGGCUGGCGAUGAUGGCGAUCAUCGGCAUGUUCUAUCAAGACGGCCUGACCGGCAGUGCCUGGGGCGACUGGGCCAGCUACACGGACUCGCCGCUGCGCGCCUUCGAGAGCGAGCUGGGCGUGCAGGCACCCUUGGGCUUCUGGGACCCCAUCGGCUUCACGAAGGACGGCGAUGCCGAGAAGUUCAGGAGGCGCCGCUCUACUGAGAUCAAGCAUGGCCGCAUCAGCAUGCUGGCCACGAUGGGCUACAUCACGCCCGAGGUCGCCGGCAAGUUCCCCGGGAUGCUCAGUCCGUCUAAGGGCAUCGCCUUCGAAGACGUCCCGAACGGCCUGGCCGCACUGUCCAAGGUGCCUCAGGAGGGUUGGUUGCAGAUGAUUGCUUACUGCUGGUUCUGCGAGCGGUCUGCGAGCGUGAACGGCUCCGCGACAGAGAAGGGAAAGUACGUGGCGUUCGGCGAGAAGACGCCUGGCGACGUGGGCUGGAAGCCGCCUCUGCUCUCUGGCUUCCAGGGCGAGGCGAAGACGAAGAAGCUGAACGCGGAGAUCGCCAACGGAAGGCUGGCGAUGAUGGCGAUCAUCGGCAUGUUCUAUCAAGACGGCCUGACCGGCAGUGCCUGGGGCGACUGGGCCAGCUACACGGACUCGCCGCUGCGCGCCUUCGAGAGCGAGCUGGGCGUGCAGGCACCCUUGGGCUUCUGGGACCCCAUCGGCUUCACGAAGGACGGCGAUGCCGAGAAGUUCAGGAGGCGCCGCUCUACUGAGAUCAAGCAUGGCCGCAUCAGCAUGCUGGCCACGAUGGGCUACAUCACGCCCGAGGUCGCCGGCAAGUUCCCCGGGAUGCUCAGUCCGUCUAAGGGCAUCGCCUUCGAAGACGUCCCGAACGGCCUGGCCGCCCUGUCCAAGGUGCCCCAAGAGGGUUGGUUGCAGAUGAUUGCCUACUGCUGGUUCUGCGAGCGGUCUGCGAGCGUGAACGGCUCCGCGACAGAGAAGGGAAAGUACGUGGCGUUCGGCGAGAAGACGCCGGGCGACGUGGGCUGGAAGCCGCCUCUGCUCUCUGGCUUCCAGGGCGAGGCGAAGACGAAGAAGCUGAACGCGGAGAUCGCCAACGGAAGGCUGGCGAUGAUGGCGAUCAUCGGCAUGUUCUAUCAAGACGGCCUGACCGGCAGUGCCUGGGGCGACUGGGCCAGCUACACGGACUCGCCUCUUCGGUAG